AGUAAUCAUUCUGUCAAAUCUAGUUUCGUUAGAAUCAAUUGUCACCAAAUAUCGAUAAAUCCCUUAUUAGUACGGCAAAUUUACCUACCUAAUUUUCAACACGGACCUCCUAAACUUACACCAUGGUUAUAAGAGUGCUCAUGUUAAUUUACCGGAGACCGGAUUUAACCCCAGAGGAAUUUCGAAAACAUUACGAAGAAAUACAUAUGCCGCUAACGAGAAAAGUUGCUGGCAACACAUUUCCUCUAUCACAUAUAAGAAGAUAUAUUCCGCGGUCUACCUCAGCACAACAUACGGCGAUCGUUGCUGGCGGGGAACCAGAGGCCGUCCACGUCGAUUGUGUUACCGAAUUAAUAUUCCGAGAUAAGAAGCAUUUGGAGUCGUAUUUCGAGAUGCCACAUGCUCCUGGCGCUGCAGCCCAGCUUGAAGAAGAAGCUAAGAAUUUUGCGGCGAAAUACCCGACCAUCAUUGUUGAAGAUUGCAUGGAAACCAGACCAAGAGCAAAGUUAUGAGGCAACUGCGUACCUAAUGAACAAAGUCGCUGCGACGGCCAUCGUCGAGGAAAUCACAUUGUUCGGAUAAUCGAACACACGAGGCCUAUGAAUCCGGGUGGCCUAACGCAUAUGAACCAACGCCACUUUCCUGAGAUACCAAGGGAUUAUGUCUUAUGAUCAUACAGGCCCACGGUGGCCACGGCUUAGGACGUACUCGGUCCAUUCUAUUAUUAACUGUGGAGGCAUCUUGAGAGAAUCCCCAGGAUUAGAUUAGAUGUACACAGCAUGGACACUUCGAAGACCAAACGGAAAACCAAGAAUCCAAGGAAAACACUCGUUGUGAUAUUAUAAAAUAUCAAACACCUAGGAGACGUAUAUAGUCCCUAGUCGGCAUAUAUCUACGUUGGCUUGGAUAUCAUGAAGGCGCGCAAAAGCGCAAAACGCCUCACAUACUAUAAUGCUUUUGAGCAAGGGACCGACCAGCCCACUGGAGUAAAGGCGCAUAUAACAAAAUCAAUCGUUAAGAUAUAUUGAAUAAAAGAAACAUUUUACGAA